AUGAACCGCGCUAUGAAACGCGCCUUGACGCAGCCAAUAAAAAAAUACCAACAUGAAGCACUCGGAUUAGGGCCUCGACGUUGGACCAGAUGGACCUCAAGAUUCGUCGAAAGGGAAUGGUCUACUCCCCUCGCCCGGACCCUGGCGAGCGCAAUUAGGGUGACAGGCCCAAUCCCCAUCGCUGCGUUCAUGCGCCAAGUCCUCACAUCCCCGGAAGGCGGCUACUACACGACACGACCGGACGGCGGCGGGGAGGUAUUUGGACAGAAAGGAGACUUCAUCACGUCCCCGGAGAUCUCGCAGGUUUUUGGCGAGUUGAUUGGCAUAUGGACGAUUGCGGAGUGGAUUGCGCAGGGGCGCAAGCGCAGUGGGGUGCAGUUGAUGGAGGUUGGGCCGGGGAAAGGGACGUUGAUGGAUGAUAUGCUGCGGGCAUUCCGGAAUUUCAAGACGUUCACUUCGAGUAUUGAUGCGAUUUACCUGGUGGAGGCGAGCGCGACACUACGAGAAGUGCAGAGGAAGCUUCUUUGCGGCGAUGCGGCUAUGGAAGAGACAGAUAUCGGACACAAGAGUACAUGCAAGUACUUUGAUGUCCCGAUAGUCUGGGUUGAGGAUAUCCGGUUGCUACCUCAAGAAGAGGACAAAACCCCAUUCAUCUUCGCGCACGAAUUCUUUGACGCCCUUCCAGUGCACGCUUUUGAAUCUAUCCCUCCCGCGCCCGAAAAUGAGCAACCUUCUAAAAAAGAAAUAAUGACCCCCACCGGCCCUAUCACAAUUGAUAACCCCCCGAAACCCGCCAACACCCCGCAGUGGCGUGAGAUCCUGGUCACGCUGAACCCAAAAGCCGUGGAUGAGAACAUUCCCGGCGAGCCGGAAUUCAACUUGACUAUGGCCAAGGCAUCUACACCAUCCUCGCUGGUGAUCCCGGAGAUAUCCCAGCGAUACCGCGCCCUCAAGUCCCAGCCAGGCUCGACUAUCGAAAUCAGCCCUGAAAGCCGCAUCUACGCAGCCGACUUUGCACGCCGCAUUGGAGGAUCAUCCCAACCUACCCUUCAGGGCAGACAAGGCCCCUCCUCUACCCCAGCCAACUUUAAGAAAACCCCCUCCGGCGCAGCCCUAAUCAUGGACUACGGAACCCUCAACACAAUCCCCAUCAACUCCCUCCGCGGCAUCCAGAACCAUCAAAAGGUUCCACCUCUCUCGUCUCCGGGCCAGGUUGACGUCAGCGCAGACGUGGACUUUACUGCUCUUGCUGAAUCCGCCAUCGAAGCUAGCGAGGGUAUUGAGGUCCACGGGCCCAUGGAGCAGGGUGAUUUCCUGCGCGCUAUGGGGAUUGCGGAAAGGAUGAAGCAGUUGCUAGAGGGCGUUCACGAUGAGGGGAAGAGGAAGCAUUUGGAGAGUGCGUGGCAGCGGUUGGUUGAAAAAGGAGGUGGGGGUAUGGGUAAGAUUUAUAAGGUUAUGGCUAUUAUUCCGGAGAAUGAUGGGAGGAGGAGGCCGGUUGGCUUUGGGGGUUCAAUUUGA